AUGGCCAGGCCGUUCCUCAUUGUGCCGCUGUACAUGUACCCCCUCCCGACGGCGUGGGAGCCUCUCCUGGGCGCGGCGCGGACGCACCCCGAGGUCAGGUUCGUCGCCAUUGUCAACCCCAACAGCGGACCGGGCCCGGACGCCCUCCCGGACGCGAGCUACCUGGCGGCGCUCGACGCAAUGCACGCCAUCCCCAACAUCUGCGCCGUCGGCUACGUCUACUGCAGCUACGGCAAGCGCCCGGCCGCCGACGUGCGCGGCGACAUUGACCGGUACGCGCGCUGGAACCAGCACGCCGCCAUCGCCCUCGGCGGCAUCUUCUUCGACGAGAUGCCCUCGGACCUCGCGCACCUCGCGUACAUGGCCGGCCUCGCGGAGCACGUCAAGACGACGUGGCGCCAGGAGACGGGCCGCGACGACGGGCUCGUCAUCUACAACCCGGGCGUGGUGGUGCCGCGGCCCUUUUUUGCGCACCCCGACUACGUCGUCGUCUUUGAGCAGUCGCAUCGCCACUGGGACCAGGACGCCGCGGGCCAGCAGCGCCUGCGCCUCGCGGCCGACGAGGUGCGCUGCAAGACGGCCGCCGUGGUGCACUCGAGUCGCGUGCAGGGCGGCCAGGUGCGCGACCUGACGAGGGGCUUGCUGGCCUGUGGCCUGACGGGCAUCUACGUGACGGACGAGCAGGACGGUGGCUACACGCAGUGGCCGGCGGUGUGGACCGAGCUAACCGCCGCCGUGGCUGCCGAGUGCUCGGAAAGUUGA